AUGGCACCAAUCGACGCUGCAAAGGUUCAGGAGCAGGCUCCACCUCUGGGAGACAGCAAGACAGAUUCAACCCGUUUGGAAAAUGUGGAAUCCGGUGUCGAACUUGACAGAUCAGUCCUCGGAUAUGCCUCCCUCUUCGGUCUCCAAAAAGAUACCGGGCUGAAAGGCUCAAAAUACUCCAUGUAUGCUGGCUCCCCUUCACCUCAGCCGUAA